AUGGCAACAGCUCACUCCAGAGCCAGGGAUCAGGCCAUCUCAGAAUAUGUGGCCUUCCUCAAAUCCCAGGGAGGUGACGGCUGGCCUGACUUCAAUGUCAGGAAUUUUGACAAGCUGUUUGCCCCACCAAAGUUGGGAGUCAUCCUCAAGAUCUUCCACGCUGCCUUCGAUCUAAUAUUUCCCUAUUUGAAGACCGAUCUAUUCAACAGAGUACCUGGCAGAACCAUCGCCAUAGAUGGCACCUUCAAGUUCCUUUCCAAAACCAAGAAUGACAAGGGGUCGUCAGAGGAGACCAAGUGCCUUCACAUGGUCUAUGGCCAGUACGGUUAUUUGAUGACAUGGGGCUUCUCUGGACCUGAGAAUGAUGAGUGCUUUCAAAGGCUGCUGUGGUAUCUCAGGAAUAGGUGUGAGAGGCUUGGGCAAGAGCAUGUGGAUGCUGUCAGGGCUUGCUACAGUGACACCUGCUGCCAGGGCCUGGACGACCCAACAACCCACUGGAUCACCAAGAUCUUCCCAAACUGCAAGAGAGCACCCCACAAAGACCUGUUCCAUGCAGGCAAAAAGCUCACGGAUGCCACCCAGCCCCUACAUGAGCUGUCGCCAGUAUUCAACCAACUGGUGACCUCAUCACUGCUCCGGUUUGACCAGUCCUCAGUAAAUCACGUGGUGAAAUGCUACCUGAAGAACACCAAGCAGAACUUGGCAUUGGAGUUAGCUAGAGAGCAGAUGAUGAAGCUCAAAGUUUGGAGGAACAAGGUCAAGAACUACGCUCCACCGAGAGACAAGGUGGAGACCGACCUCAGAGAAGCAUAUGCAACAAUAGAGACGGAGGAUUUCAAGCUCAAACAUGCUAAAUCGUUGGAAGGCGAAGGUUACCUCCCACUAUUGCUGUCGGCCAAGCGAGGUGUAAGGCUCGGAACUGAGAACGAACUGAAGAACCUGCUGCUCCAUGUCAAGAAGGGGUGCUGUGAAGAUCCAUUCCCCCUUGAGGACAUCAACGUCGCUGUGGAUCCACAUGAUGACUUUACUGACUUCGUCAGAGACAGGGGGACCUCCCAGGGGGAAAGCUUCCACAGACUGCUCAAUCAACUGGUGAAUGAAUUGACCAUCCAAGGCCCGGAGCUAGGUGACAAGAAGCUGUGGCUGAGAGGCACCCGGUUCAACCUAGCCAAAGAUUUGCUGCUCCAGAAACUGCUGAAGAUCGAGAAGGUUAGAACCAUGGACUGGUACAUCCACCAGGCACUCCUGGAGCAACACCCCACACUUUCAAUCUAUCAGGGCUACGACUUCCCCAAUGUGGUCGACGAAAGCUACAAUGAGCCUAUUGGGAUUUCCUAUGGCAGGUGCAAGGACUGGCAGACAGUCAACCAACAGAUUGACACCCUCAUCCAGACUGGAUCUUCA